AUGGCUUCCUGGUUCCCCAUCCCAAAGAACUCCCCCUUCUCUUUGGCCAAUAUCCCAUUUGGCAUCAUCUCUUCACAGUCCGCUUCGCGCGUCCCGGCUAUUGCCAUUGGUGACCAUGCUUUGAAUCUGAGCCUCUUUGCGUCGUCUGGAGGUUUCUCGCAGCUGUCCGCGAUUCAAAAACACUUGAACGUCUUCAAUGAGCCCACGCUCAACGCAUUCGCGGCCCUGGGCCGUCCAGUGCAUCGCCAAGUACGGGAAUAUUUGCAAAACGUCUUCCGUGUCGAGACCCAAUAUCCUCAAGUGCUCAAGGAUAAUGCCGAGCUGCAAAAGUCCGCACUCGUGCCGUUGUCCCAGGUCACCAACCACCUUCCCAUGCAGAUUGGCGAUUACACAGAUUUCUACGCUGGGUUAAAUCACGCCUAUAACGUGGGCGUGCUUUUCCGAGGCCCGGAUAAUGCUCUGCAGCCCAACUACAAGCACCUCCCGUGGCUUACCAUGGUCGUGCUUCCUCUGUGGUUCCCUCUGGAACUGAUUUGCACCGUCCCAACGAGGCUGGAUAUUGAACUGGAAUUGGCUUGCUUCAUCAGCAAGCCCAAUGAUCUGGGCAAGCCUGUCUCGGUUGAAGAGGCGGAAGAUCACAUCUUCGGUCUUGUUUUGAUGAAUGACUGGUCUGCUCGUGACAUUCAAGCUUGGGAGUACGUGCCUCUGGGUCCGUUCAACGCCAAGAACUUUGGCACCUCGAUCACCCCUUGGGUAGUCAUGCUCGAUGCUCUCGAGCCUUUCCGUACCCAAGGCUUGGAGCCAGAGAACCGCGAGUCUCUGCUUCCUUACCUCCGUGAGAAGCGCGCCGAGAACGUCUACGACAUCCCGCUCGAGGUGGAAAUCACCAACAAGGGUGGCCAACCCAGUAUCAUAUCCAACACCAGCUCUCGUAACUUGCUUUACUCUUUCCCGCAGAUGGUCGCACAUCACACAAUCACGGGUUGUAACCUGAGGACCGGCGACUUGCUCGGCUCAGGAACCAUUUCCGGCAAAGAGCCCCACACCCAGGGCAGUCUGCUGGAGCAGACUAAUGGUAAGAAGCCGCUCAAGCUAGCGGAUGGGACAGAGCGAAUGUUCCUUGAAGACGGCGAUACCGUGGUCUUGCGUGGUAUGGCGGGCACGGAAGGCAACUUUGUCGGCUUUGGUGACUGCGUUGGUACCAUUCUUCCCGCUCUGUCUCUCUAG